CAGAGAUUUACCGCAUCGUCUCCCAGAAGCAAAUGUCGGAGCGCCAGGAGAGCGACAUGUCACCCAGCAACAACGUGGUCAACAUCCAGGUGCAGCCCACCGAGAACAAACCAAAGAUGCAGUGCUGUCAGAACAUUUAGCCCAGCUGUGGAUCUGCUGCUAUCCCCUCACCGCCCUCCUCUCUUCCACCCCACUCUGACCUUCCCACCACCCUCAGAGAACAGACUGCCGAGGUGUGGAAAGAUCGAGCCACAGAUUCAAGUCUGCAACUUGAACUCUACCUGCCUCCCCCUCUUCCCCACUCCCCAGUAAAUAAACCCCAGUAUAAGACAAAUUGUGCCCCCUCCUCCAGUCUUUAGGCUACUGCAGGACAGCAGGCAUUUCAUACC